AUGCAUUAUUGCAAGCUCGCAUUCCGGUCACACUAGCCACCUAACAGCAACAAAAACAACAACACGGAAGUCUGUAAAUGUAAAUAGACGGAACUUGUUGCAGAAAACGGCAUAAAACACAGCAAACUGAAAAAGUAAGCUAGGGAAACGGAGCAGCUAAGGAAGGCCCAUCCGCUGGUCACAUAAAUGCGCAUCAAGAUGAAUUGCGAACUGCAAGAGCAACAAAAACAUCAGAAGCACCAGCCACACCAACAACAAAAGCUAGAAAACCACCAGCAACAACAACUAAGUAGCAACAAGUUACCAGUGAGAAAGCAGGAGAGCUGCUCGGAUGACGAAGAUGAAAAUGUGAGCCGGACAGAGCGACAGAAUCUGGAGUUUGCGAAGAAGCUGGGCUACAGCGAACAGUCCAUACAUUCGGCCUUAACCCGUUUGGGUUCCGAGGCCAAGCAGAAUGAACUGCUGGCGGAGCUCAUCAAGCUAACGGCAGAUGCUCCCCGUCCCGCCCCUAAUAGUACCAGCACCGCCUCCUCUGGAUCCGCGCCCGCUUCUGGAACCUCCUGUUCCUUGCGCCACAUUGUCAUCGAUGGCAGUAAUGUGGCCCUCUCGCACGGCAACAACCUGGUCUUCUCCUGCCGAGGCAUUCGCAUAUGCGUGGACUGGUUCCGUCAGCGGGGCCAUCGCGAGAUCACUGCCUUCGUGCCCAAUUGGAGAAAAGAACUGGCCAACAAUAAUAUAUCAGAUCGUGAGCUGCUUUACGAGCUGGAGCACGAGCGAGUCCUGGUCUUCACCCCGUCCAGACAUUUAGAUGGAAAGCGGGUCUCCUGCUACGACGAUCGAUUCAUACUGAAGUUGGCUGUAGAGACCGAUGGCAUUGUGGUGUCCAACGACAACUACAGGGACCUGGUGCUCGAGAAUCACGAGUUUCGGCGGGUCGUGCAGGAGCGCCUGUUGAUGUACUCGUUUGUGAAUGACAUAUUUAUGCCGCCAGACGAUCCGCUGGGCAGAUCGGGCCCAAAUCUAGACUUAUUCCUGUGCUCACAGACGCAACAAAAGAUGGCCGAUGCCCAACAACUGUGUCCGUACGGAAAGAAGUGCACUUAUGGGCAAAAGUGUAAGUUCCGGCAUCAGAAUCAGGGGUCCUUGCUACAGCGACUGCCGCUCCAGGCAUCUCAUAGCGCUCCGCUGCACAGCAAUGGUGGCCCACAAAUGGUCAGUCCGAUAGGAAAUAACAACAGUGUCAAGAUCAACUCACUAAUCAGCCGAGAGCCUUUGGGUCGCACCAAGUCCAACACCAUAGAGCAGGUAUGUCAGGGCUUCACUGCCCAAAUGGAUAUAUCCGAAGGUUCAGCCGUGGAUUCGUCCCAGCAGCCGAAUCGCCACAAGAAACUGCAGCGGCAACAACCGCCACCCGCCUAUCCUCUUUUGAUGCCGCUCCAGCAGCCGCAGCAUGUUCAGCUAACCAACUAUCACCACCAGUAUCUGACGCGCACACCAUCCGCUCCGGUGUCGGAUCACGGUCACGUUCUGCCACUGCCCGCUCGCAACUACGCACAUUUGUCCGCCUCGGAUUCACGGAUUAACGAGGAACUACACGCAUCACAUCAACUGCCUAGGGAGGAACAACGCCGCCUGUUACGCUACCACUUGAGCAGUCUGUUUCCGCCACAUCAAGUCCAUGCCGUGCUGCAGCUGUAUCCCGAGGAGACCGACGCCAAGACCGUCUGUGCAGCUAUACUUAAUUUAUUUCCGCAUAAUUAGGCUAGGCUUAAAGAUCAUCAAUUAUAUAUAAUUAGAUGUGUAA